AUGUUUGAGCUUGAACUGGAAGCAAGGGAGAAGGGAAAGGAAGCAAGCAAUGCCUCUGAAGCAUUAUCGCUGGUGAAGAGAGUUGUUGAGAGUCUUUCUGAGCUUGUUGAGCAGGCGGAGAUAAAGGUGUCAGGUCGUGGGAUGAGCAUUCAGGUGAUGGAUGUGAUGCAUGUGGCGCUUGCAGAUGUGUUUUUACCGGCAUCGAUGUUUACGAAGUAUAGAUGUGACAGGGAUUUGGCAAUAGGAGUGCAGCUGAAGACGUUUGUAAAGAUUUUGAAGGGAAUGAGUCUUGAUGGAGGAGGAAUGUUUAGACUUGAAUGUGAUGACUCUGUGAGUAGCCUGAAUGUGAAGAAUGCCAGGGAUGGAAAUUCAUUAAAUUUCAAGCUGAAGCUUUUUUCAUCUGAUAGUGAGGCAUACAAUGUUCCUGUACUUGAUUUUGAAGCAACGGCCAGUAUUCCUACUGAUGAGUUUAUGUAUGUUCCCAGGCUUGUUGGGACGUUUGGAGACUUUGUUGGGAUUAAAGCGGAGCCUGGGCGCCUGGUGUUUUUCCAGACAGGAGAGUAUGCCGAUGCAUCGAUGAGCUUUGAGGAGUGUGAGGGGAAAGAGCUGAAGAUAGAUGUCAAGGAAGGAGUUGUGCAGGAGAUUGCAAUGAAGUAUGUGAAUCUUAUUGGCAAGGUAGCAGGGAUGUGCAAGAGUAUGAGCAUAUCUUUAGGAAAUGGAAAGCCUGUGUUUUUCAACCUGUUGAUUGGAGAGUCGGCAUACAUGAAGUUUUACAUAGCGCCGAAGGUUGAGAACUGA